GUUUAACGCAACGCUGGCGUCUUCGAUCAGACUCCAAACUGCACAGCUUACUUACCUCGGAACCGAAUUGUCGUGCUCAAUAGGAGGCUUGACGAUGUAUCCGGAAAUAUGGCUCCCAUCGGAUACAGAAAAGGGCGUCAAGCGGCAUGCCCUCGUCUACUUUGUGUGCGGUAACCCCGGCCUCGUGGAGUACUAUACAGAUUUCCUCACCAAUCUCCGCGGAUUUCUGCAAAAGUCUGAGGUCGAGACUGCGUACGACAUUUAUGGCAGGAAUCUCCUAGGUUUUAGUGACGAUGACCAUGAGCCGUUUGGGGAGGGCAAUGAGCCGUGGGAUCUAGACGGCCAGAUUGAGGGCAUUUACGAUGACGUCGCGGCGAAGCGAGUGCGACUGGGUGACGGGACAGCCGGGAAGCCCUACGACUUUGUGGCUUUGAUGGGACAUUCCGUUGGCAGCUUCAUUUCAGUCGAGAUCUUCCAUCGGCACAUGAAGUCGCCAGACCGAGCGCCGCACCUCAAUCUCAAGUACGGCUUCCUGCUCUUCCCAACGCUCACGCACAUCGGCCGGUCCCCCAGCGGCACGAGGGUCGAGUCGGUGCGCCGGGUCCUACCUAUCCUCGACAAUGUCGCGCACAUUGGUGCCCGGCUCAUCCUCAGUGUCUUCACGAAGGAUACUCUGACGUGGAUAGUCAACAAGAUCAUGGGCUUCACACCACUGACCGCGGAAGUCACGGCGCGGUGGCUCAAGAGCCGCGACGGUGUGCAUCAGGCCAUUCAUCUUGGCCUGUCAGAGUUGGAGAUGAUCCGCGAGGAGCGCUGGGGAGAGGAGCUGUGGGAAGUGGCGGAACAGGACGACGACGAUGACGACGCCCAGACGACGCCCAAGUUCUUCUUGUUUUAUGGGCGCGAGGACCAUUGGGUUGCGAACUGGGCGAGGGAUGAGUUGAUUGAGCGGCGGAGGGAACAUGGGGAAAGGGGAGGCAGGACUAAGAUAUUGGUGGCCGAGGGAGAUAUCCCACACGCGUUUUGCACCAAAGUUGCUUCGAGUUUUUCGAUGGCAGAGAGUGUGCAUGAUUGGAUCAAGGAAAUCGACGAAGGCUUCAGUGAAGGACAGGAGAAGGUGUGAAGAAACAGCUGGUUUGGCUACUUCCGCCCAUUGCCGAGCUAUAGGGUAAGUAAUCGGCAGACUGGUUUGGAUACACAAUUAGAUGAGUUUGGACAUCAACUCGUCACAGAAGAAUAUCACUGUUAAUAUAUAUCAUGAAUACGAGUUUAGAGUCUUGUAUUGAACUACUUUGGUCAUACUGUCGUAUGUUGGAUGCUGGAAUACGUGGACAGCCAACCAAUAUACGUAAUUGAG